ACAAUGCUUCUCGGUUGCCUAGGGCUCUCUAGUCGAAUAACCUGCCUAUGGCCAGAGAACUACUUUUCCCACCGUGCCCUGCAGUCGACUUUAGGGUUUCUUGGGCCGGCGCCAGCGCGGUGCAUCUUGGAAUUCGUAGUCCUCAUGGCCCUCCACCAGCAUCCUACCUGGGAGCGUCCUGCUUGUCCGUCGUCUUACCCCUUGGCUAGUCUGUCCAGGUGUGGGUGACGCUGGCCUGUCUGUUCCGACCAGGUCCCUAGUGGCUGCAAGGAUCUCCCCGGGGGACGGGGCUUUUGGGCCCGGAGCCCUAGGACCAUUUCGGCACCUUGGGACAUGGCCCUUACCGUGGAGACUGAGUCGCGCAUCUACCGGGGCCUGCGGACUGCCUCGGGGGCCGCCGCCCACCUAGUGGCCCUCGGCUUCACGGUCGUCGUGGCUGUGUUGGCCCGGCCCGGCUCUAGUCUGUUCUCGUGGCAUCCGGUGCUUAUGUCUCUGGCUUUCUCCUUCCUGAUGACAGAAGCACUGCUGGUCUUCUCCCCAGAGAGCUCCUUGUUUCGAUCCUUCUCUCGAAAGGGCCGGGCACGAUGCCACUGGGCACUUCAGCUGCUGGCCCUUUUGUGUGCCCUCCUGGGCCUGGGCUUGAUUGUCUACAACAAGGAGCAGCACGGCAAAGCUCACCUGGCUACAUGGCAUGGAUGGGCAGGGCUGCUGUCAGUGCUGUGGGCCGGGCUGCAGUGUACAGGUGGGCUGGUGCUGCUGUACCCCAAGCUGCUCCCACGAUGGCCGCUGGCCAAGCUGAAGCUGUAUCAUGCCACCUCAGGGCUGGUGGGUUACCUACUGGGCAGUACUAGCCUCCUCUUGGGCAUGUGCUCACUCUGGUUUACCACCACGCUGGUGGGUGGUGCCUGGUACCUGGCUGCUCUCUGCCCCAUUCUCACCAGCCUGGUGGUCAUGAAUCAGGUGAGCAAUGCCUACUUGUACCGCAAAAGGAUCCAGCCGUGAAGGAGAAAGCAUCCAUCUGCCCCUAUCCUUUCCUGCAGUGAUCCCAUAUUCUGCCCAGAAAAGGCUGCUCACAGUGCUGCUUGGACUCUCUUGGCUCUCCUGACACCGGGUGGGCCUGGGUCAUACAUUGUCCCUUUGGAGGACAGGUGGAAGAGAUGUGAAUCGAGGAAGAGUGCUAUAUGUCCCACACAGAGACUUCUGUCUCAUCUUCCUGCCACCUACGAAGGGGUAUGUGAGCACAUGGAUGGACUGCUGGCAGCCUGCCUGCCUCUUCUGCUCAUCUUUUAGACUCUUAUCAAUGUUUGCAAAACAGGAAAAAAAACCUGACUAUGGAAAGUAAGAGCUCCGAGCCAGAAUUGAUUCUUACAGAUACCAUUCAUGUGAAGAAGCAGUCUGGGCCAGGUGAAGCACCUUUUUGUUGGGGGUAGCAGUGAAGUUUGGGUUGACUUUGCUGCCGGUGAGGUCUUGGCUCCUGGGGGCAGAGCAGCUUCCCCUUGCUUAGGGGUCAGGGAGGCCUGAGGAGCACCUGCCAUUUCCUAGGAAGCAGGGAUAGUGGGAGGGCAAGGCCAAGGAGUUAAAGAUGUGUUUUUGUACUUCCCAUAAAACUCUUCUAUCUACCUGUC